UCGACCGGGUCGUUUCUGUUGCUGGGUGACAUUAGCGCUUGCCUACCCGGAUGAGGCUCACUCACUAGGUUGAAGUCAAUGCGCUUGCUCUCAUAAGACAUCUUAUAUCUCACCUUGUGGUGUCCAUUUGCUCUAAUCGUCCUCAUCUCAUCAUCGAACAUAUCUCCUCACAGCCAGUUCUGCGCAUACAAGCAACAUCAGCUACGAAACAGAAUACCGUUCACACAAAGACUUCACCGAGACAGACUUACACCUCCAAUAUGCGCGCAUCCAUCCUGUUCGUCGCGCCAUUCGUGGCUGCUGCGUACGCUCAGAGCUCCGCUGCUGCCAACUCAACCGCCGUCGCUAUUUCCAGCGGAUCAACAACCAUCUCUACUACCGUCCCCUACUCCAAUGCCUUCACUUCGUACCUUACCAUGACCAACUCACUCGGCGUGGUAACGGGCAUGCCCAGCGUUGUCACUUCUCAACCCAGCGUUGUUACUUCUCAGGCCGCGUUGCCGCCAGCCGUGACCACCCAACCAACAGUUGCCACCAUACCCGCUGGGCUGCCCGUAGGCGUUACAUCUCUCGCGCAGAACAUCAGCGGCUCAGUCACCUACUUCGUCGUCAGCGUCGGCAGCUCAACAACGGCGGUCAUUGGUGGCGCAGCGGCAGGUGCAUCGGUAACCACCGGCGCAUCCGUUGGUGUGGCAAGUGGAAGUGUAAUUAGGAGUUCUGGCAGCGCUGCGAGCGGUGGUGCCGCGAGUGGCAGUGCAGCCUCGUCCGCUCGCGCUUCAUCGGGCUCCGCCGCCGGGUCUGCGUCAGGCUCUGCGACCACACGCGCAAGUGCGUCGGGCUCCUCAACUGCCUCUGCGAGCGCCAGCUCUUCGUCGGGAGCGGCUGAAACCCUUCACAUCGCUUCGGCUGGCCUCCUUGGCCUCGGCGCGCUCUUCGCUGCGCUUCUGUAAGAGUCUGUGGUGGUUGGUUCAAAAGCGAUGUUGGUAGAAGGGUGCAUCUAACGGAUUACGACUGCUCGCUAUUGUAUGUAUGCUGGCCUUUGUCUAGCGACUUGCAUGGUUGGCGCAUGGGCGGAAUGACAAUACCCGAGAAUGAGCGUAUCACAUACCACGUUUGGGUAGUCCAUAGCUUGUUAGUUGUACAUUGAAACGCCAUGUCUUCAUCUGAUCCCGCUGUUGCGCAAGACGGCUGCAGGGCUUCCGCCUCCGCAUCAGUAAACAACCC